CUUGGAUUUGAGGGGCUGUUGGAACUCCAGCGGAGGGCACUCUCUGAAAUGACCUACAGCACCCUCUGUCUGCCAGAGAACAUCACUGCACGAGGACUGGAGUCCGUCCCAAACUUCUAUUACAGAGACGAUGGACUGAAGCUGUGGAGCAUCAUCAACAGCUUUGUUCAGGGAGUAGUGGAGUAUUAUUAUCCCUCAGACUCUGAGGUGUGCAGAGACUCUGAACUUCAGGAAUGGAUCAGUGAGAUAUUCACGCACGGCUUCUCCGGAAACAAAGCUUCAGGUGUUCCUGCAUCCUUUCAUACUGUUGAAGAUUUGACCAAGUUCAUCACCAUGGUGAUCUUUACAGCUUCGGCUCAACAUGCUGCAGUCAACAGUGGGCAGUUUGACUACUACUCUUGGCCGCCCAAUUGCUCACUCCUGCUGCGUAAAGCUCCCCCAACCACUAAGGGGCAGUCCAACAUGAAGACCAUUUUGGAGACCCUCCCAAAUGUUGGCGAGACAGUCCGCUUUGUAUCAAUGGUGUGGCAGCUUUCAGCCAAAUACACCGACAUUGUUCCCCUCGGGUCCUAUCCGACAGAGCGCUUUGAUGAGGCUGUGCCCAAACAGCUAAUCAAGGAAUUUGCAGCAGCGCUAUCCAUCCUCAGCGAAACUAUUGUGAGACGAAACAGUGAGCUUGUGGUGCCGUACACAUAUCUCAAUCCCGCUAACAUAGAGAAUAGCGUAUCAAUGUAAACUUUACGGAAGGCUAUCUUUCGUAAAGUGCCUGAGAUGACAGCAAACACCUGAGAAAAGUUAAUAUAUUUAGAAGCAAAAU